GCCUGUAACGGCUAUGAGAAGAGGUUACAUGAGACAAGAUUCAUUUGGAUCCCUUGCAGAUGACGGCCGUCUACAUGCAUAAACCAAUUAUUGAAUAUUGCUAAUUUAUGAUGAGACAAUGGGCCCAAAAAUAAGCCUCUAAAGUCUUAACAACCAUACUGGAGCCCAUCUAACUGCAGGCCCAACAAUUUGCAGAAAGCGGCCCAACGCAAGUUUAUAUCACAAAACCAGACGAAGACUUUGCAAAGGUUAGACGCCUCUGGUGGAGUCUGGACGCUCCCUGAAACAAACUGCUACUGUCUACAACAAAAAAAACCUCCCAAAAAUCUCCGCUUGUCGAUCCGUCAGCUUCCAUGGAGGCCGAACCGCAGCAGCCGGUGGAGCAAUCAGUAUCUCUUCAAGAUUGCAUGAAGCUACUAAAAGGCGAGAGAGACGAGCAACGACUCGCUGGACUUCUUCUUGUUACGAAAUUCUGUAAAAGUGACGAUCUUGUUUCGCUUAGGGCUAUCUACGACGCCGUUGGACCUCGCUUUUUGGACCGUCUCUUAAGGACCGGGUUGGGUAAAGGUGUGGUGAGUAGCGGUUGCAGUGAAAAUCGGGAUGCGUAUUUGCAGCUAUCGGUUACGGUUCUAUCUGCAUUUUGUCGAGUUUCUGAGAUCGCUUCUUCAGAAGAAAUGGUUUCCAAGAUUCCAAUGAUUAUUGAAGUAAUGUCAAAGGAAUCGGGGUUAGCUGUGCUGGAAGAAUGCUAUGAAUUUUUAUACUUGGUGUCAGCUGCUUCCAAGGAUGGACUUACAGCAUUGUAUGAGUCUGGAGGGAUGAAGUUACUCGCUCAUCAAAUGUCCACUCUGCCAGAUGGGUCUCAUUUGAUGGAACUUGCCAUGAAGCUUGUCCAAUUGAUCCUAAGAAAGCUGUCUCAAGGCAUCAUUGAGAAUGACCAUCUCUCAGAGCUGUCAGUUAUUGUAGCCGCAAUAGCAAGACAAUUUGCUCUCCUACAAAAUGCCAUGAAGUUUGAAGCACUUCACUUAUUGUCUGCCAUCUUCUCUUCAGAAUUUUCAAUAUCACUUCAUGAUGCUUUCCGUGUGAUUCAAAAUGAGAACUGGUCAAACCAUAUACGUGAUGGUGUUGCAGCAAUUUUACAGAACCGUGUAGCACCUGCUGAAAAGUUUGAGGCCCUUAUUCUUGCUGAAUCUAUGGUAUCCAUAAUGGGUGAAGGUUGGCUGAUUUGUCAGAUAAAGUUGCCUAACGUACAAGAUCCUAUUCCAGCUGACAGGUGUUUAUUGCUUGUCUUAGAGUCAUCAAGGGUUGAAGUUGCUGUUUUGCUGAAUGAGCUAGCCUACUCAAAAUAUGAAGCUUCUAAGAGUUCUUCAUCAACAGCCGAGACUAUUAUUUCAAAGCAACAGAAAGUGACUAUUGUCUUUUCCUUGGUGGAGAAGAUAAUAAAAUUGAUAUCAAACAUUGGUGAAACUGAAGGAAAUUUAUUCAUAGGGCACCUUAUUAAUGAAAGUACUUUCACAAAGGUGAUCAAGGGGCUAAAUGAGACAAUUGACGUGGUUCUAGAGUAUCUACAAGAUGCAAAGGAACAUGCCCUAAAACGAGGAAAUGAUCUUCUUGCUUCGGUACGUCUUGUUGGGAGCUAUCUUGCAGAAACACCCAUUGCAUGCGAAGAUAAAAUCAAUGAAUUGUUGGGGUUUAUGCUUUCAGUUGAAGGUGAAGAUGAAUCCAGCCCUUUUUACUCGGUAUGCUUUCUGCUCCCGAUGUUAUGUCAAAUGACAAUGAAGAUUGAAGGAUGCAAACUUUUGGCUUCUUCUGGAGGGUAUAAAGCUGUUGUGGACUGCCUCAUAAAGUUGAUUGGGCAAAACAAACAUGGGGUUGAGGAUAAUGGUUGCAUUUUCUUGGCAUGUGAUACAAUCAUGAAUUUUCUUUUAAAGAGAGAGCAAUUUCGCUUUCCAGAGGAUGAAUCAACAUUUCUUAAUCUUUUGAAAGCAUUGGCUCUUUGGACAGAGAACACUAAUGACCUAUCUGUUGUCAUGAUGGCUUCAAGCAUUUGCGCACUAGUAUUUGAUCUUACAUCCGAAGAUGCUCUUUUGAAUCAUACUGAUUUUAGUAGCAGCUGUCUUGAUAUUCUAUCACGGCUCAUUACAAGAAGUUUGGCUUCAUGGGGGCAGCAUAUGUCUGAUGUUGCUAAAGAAGAGAUGGAUCUUCUAGAGAUUGUUACUGCAGGAUAUUCAAGAUGGGCUAAUCGAUUCCCUCAAAUAAGAAAGGCAGUUGAGAGAUAACCUAAAGGGAAGUAAGAGUUGACCUUGUUAUUACUUACUUUCAUUGGAGGUGAUACUAGGUAACUUUCUUUUUAAGGAAAAUCCUCCAAUUUGUUAAAGCCAAUUCUGCGGAGUUUACAUGUUAUCUUGGUUAUUCUAUUGAAUCAGUUAGUGUAACAUGGUUAGCCUUGAAAGAAGUUCGUAUGUCAUGGCUCUGUCCCUUGGAAUUACUAAUUUAAUGUUAACUUGAUGAGGAAUUUGGUUAUGGAACUUGCUUUGUCCCCCUCUGCCUGCCUCUUUUUUUUUGGGUUGUUUCUCCUGGUAAUUCUAAGGCAAUUGAAUAAUUGGCGUCCAUGGAUCCUUUACCCUGAUACCAUGCGCCUUUGAUGACACAACGGAUGAGAAGCACGCGAGAAGUACAGCAGGGAAUGUUUCUUCUUUUUUUUUUUGUUCUGGUAAUCCUAUUUCGUCAAGAGUAAGACAGCUUGUUGAUGAAUGAUGAGUUGAUGAUCUACUUUUUAGUUAGCUUCACAGCAGUCAGAAACCCGCGUCUCCAUGAAUUGAGUAGAGAAUCCAAACCUGGACGCAAGGGCAGUGGAUUGUAAGCAUAGCAAGUGAUUUUCUUUGUAAUCAUAGCAAGUGAUUGUCUUUAUUUAGUCUGUUUUGAAUAAUCGCUUGUCCUUACGUAUUAUACUAAUAAAUUAUCCACUUUCAUUGUGUAUUCGGCGGCAUAAUUUCCUGUUUACAUUUACUAUGAAUUUAUGCGUAAUACUAGCCAGAUGGGAAUUCGAUUCCUUAUUUUUGGAGGUUGGCAUGUGAAGCAGUGAUUCCUCUGCUAAAGCCUGGCGCUGCAUA